AUGAGCGACAAUCAUAAUCAUCCACAAGGUUCUUCAGAUCCUACCAACGGUGGGCUUGCUUAUGAAUCUGAAGAUUAUCAUGAAAACGCAUACCAACGGCCUUCUGCCUCCUCAUACCCCCGUGAAAGCUAUGAUAAUGGCUCAGUAUAUGAGGAGGAUUUUGCCGAAGGCUAUGAUUAUCCUACUGGCGUAACGGAAAGCUACGGUGACGAAUAUACGCCUGUUGAUUCAGGUGACUCUCCUUAUCAGUAUGUUGCAGACAAGUCCAAGGAUAUCCAUCCUUCAGACGAGUAUGGUUCAGAGUAUUCGGAUUACAAUGCUCGUCCUGCGGAGGCAAACUUUUACAACUUGCGUGGUGAUGGCCGCUACAACAGCUACGAUCCUAGCUCUGAUUCGCUUGCCAAUGUCUACAAUAGCGUUCCUUAUGGUGCAAGUCCUUAUGAAUUUAGUAAUUCUUCUUUUGUUGGCAAUUCUGGCUCUGGCACUCCUAUGGAUGUGGACAGCGCUUCCUUUUAUGCUGAUAGCGCUAAUUUUGCUCCCAGAGAACCCUAUCCUGCCUGGACUCCUGAAAAUGAACUUCCUUUGACUAAAGAGGAAAUUGAGGAUAUCUUUAUUGAUUUGACUAACAAGCUUGGGUUUCAGCGUGAUUCUAUGCGCAAUAUGUACGACUUUUUCAUGACUUUGUUAGAUUCACGUGCAUCGCGUAUGACGCCCGAUCAAGCUUUGUUGACCUUGCAUGCUGACUAUAUUGGCAGUGACCUUGCCAAUUAUAAAAAAUGGUACUUUGCUGCUGAAAUGGACCGUGAAGACGCUAUAGGUCUUGCCAACCUUGGCGUGUAUGGUGGUAAAGCUACCUCUGUCAAAGAAAAGGGAAAGCUUUUCUCCCGCAAGAAGAAAGCUCCUAAAGUAGCCAAACCCCCCAAAAAGUCCCGCUUCAAGAAGAAUAAGAAGAAGGAUGAGCCUGCCGAGCAAGAGGAUGAGUAUAUUGAUGUCAAUACAGAUGACUCCUUGGAAUCAGCGGAAUAUCGUUGGCGAUCCCAUAUGCGUCAAAUGACCCAAUUUGAACGUGCCCAACAAGUUGCUCUUUGGUUACUUUUGUGGGGUGAAGCUAACAACGUUCGGUUCAUGCCUGAGCUAAUGGCAUUUUUGUUCAAAUGUGCUUAUGAUUAUAUCUCUUCUCCAGAAGCUCAAAAUGUUACAGAGCCUGUUGAGGAGGGAUAUUACUUGGACAGUAUUGUUACUCCUCUUUACCAGUACAUGCAUGACCAACAAUUUGAAAUUAUAGAUGGUAAAUAUGUUCGCCGUGAACGCACUCACGACCAAGUCAUUGGAUAUGAUGAUAUCAAUCAGUUAUUUUGGCAUGCAGAAGGUAUCGCUCGACUCAUUUUCGAGGAUGGAACUCGUUUAAUUGAUAUUCCUGCUUCUGAGCGUUUCCAUAGACUGCCUCAAGUUCAAUGGAAUCGCGCUUUUUACAAAACGUUCUAUGAAACUCGUUCUUGGCUUCAUCUCGUUGUCAACUUCAAUCGUAUUUGGGUUAUCCACUUUUGCAUGUUCUGGUUUUUUACUGCUUACAAUUCUCCAACUUUGUACAACAAGAAAUUCCAUAGAAAAGAAGGCACAAGGCCUACUGGAGGAUCUGAAUGGGCCGCUACGGCAACGUCUUCCAUUGUUGCCUGUAUCAUCAUGUUGGUCGCAUCUUUGUGUGAAUAUCUAUAUGUACCUCGACGCUUCCCGGGAUCUAAACCAAUUUGGAAAAGGAUCAUGCUAAUCCUUACGGUUUGCGGAAUCAAUCUUAUUCCGAUCGGUUAUAUAUUGGUAUUCUCAUCUGAGGAAAAGCAGAGAAGUGGAAGAAGAAUUGCUGUUGGUGUAAUAGCGUUUUUGAUGUCUAUCGCAACCUACUUCUAUUUUGCUAUCGUUCCACUCCAAUCUGCUUUUGGAAAGUGGGCUGUUAAGAGCGACCGGAAGUAUUUGGCUAACAAGUACUUCACUGCUAACUUUGCUCCGUUGAAGUUUGAUAAUCAGGCUGUUUCCAUUCUUAUCUGGGUUUGUAUCUUUACCUGUAAAUUUGCCGAGUCUUACUUCUACUUGACAUUGUCAAUUAGGGAUCCAAUUAUUGUGCUUAGUACAAUGCGCCCUUACCUCUGCUCAAUUUACUGGGUGGGAAGUAGAUUGUGCUUUGUACAUCCUAGAAUUUUACUUGGUAUUAUGUACUUUACUGAUUUAAUUUUGUUUUUCUUGGACUCUUAUUUGUGGUAUGUUAUUUUUAACACAAUCUUCUCUGUUUUAAGAUCCUUUAUUCUUGGUAUUUCAAUUUUGACCCCCUGGAGGAACAUUUAUAGUCGACUGCCACAGAGAAUCUAUAGCAAAAUUCUUGCUACCAAUGAUAUGGAAAUAAAAUAUAAGCCGAAGAUUCUGAUUUCUCAAAUCUGGAAUGCAGUUGUUAUUUCUAUGUAUCGUGAACACUUACUAUCUAUCGAUCAUGUUCAGCGUUUGCUUUAUCAUCAGGUUCCUGCUGAAGAAGGAAGACGUACGUUACGUACUCCCAACUUUUUCAUUUCUCAAGACGAUCACACAGUCCAUACUGAUUUCUUUCCUGCCGAUUCUGAGGCAGAGCGUCGUCUGUCAUUCUUCGCCCAGUCAAUGGCCACUCCUAUUCCUGAGCCUGUUCCUGUUGAUAACAUGCCUACCUUCACUGUCUUCAUUCCUCACUAUGCAGAGAAGAUCUUACUCUCUUUACGAGAAAUUAUCAGAGAAGAGGAUCAGCUUUCUCGUGUUACAUUGCUUGAAUAUCUUAAACAAUUGCAUCCUGUUGAAUGGGAUUGUUUUGUAAAAGAUACCAAGAUUCUGGUGGAAGAGAAUGCUCCUUACGAGGAUGAUUCUGUUUCCGAAAAGGAAAGUGUCAUCCGAAGCAAGAUCGAUGACCUCCCUUUCUAUUGCAUCGGUUUCAAGUCUGCCGUACCCGAAUACACUCUUCGUACACGUAUCUGGGCAUCUCUACGAAGCCAAACAUUAUAUCGUACUAUCAGCGGUUUUAUGAAUUACAGUCGUGCUAUUAAAUUACUAUAUCGUGUUGAAAAUCCUGAAAUUGUGCAAAUGUUUGGUGGUAACACUGAUCGUUUGGAACAUGAGUUGGAUCGUAUGGCUCGUCGUAAAUUUAAGAUUGUUGUUUCUAUGCAACGCUAUGCUAAGUUCAGCAAGGAAGAAUAUGAAAAUGCAGAAUUCUUACUUCGUGCAUACCCCGAUCUUCAAAUAGCCUACCUUGACGAAGAUCCUCCACUUGAAGAAGGUGGAGAACCACAACUGUUUGCUGCUCUUAUAGAUGGUCACUCAGAAAUUAUGGAAAAUGAACGUCGUCGUCCCAAGUAUCGUAUUCGCUUAUCCGGCAACCCAAUCCUUGGUGAUGGUAAAUCUGAUAAUCAAAAUAUGGCCUUACCAUUCUAUCGUGGUGAAUAUCUUCAAUUGAUUGACGCAAAUCAGGACAACUACUUGGAAGAAUGUUUGAAGAUCCGCAGUGUUCUUUCUGAAUUUGAGGAAAUGGAAACAGAUAAUGUGAAUCCUUAUUCAGAAACAGCCAAAGAAAGGAACAACCACCCUGUUGCAAUCCUUGGUGCUCGUGAAUACAUUUUCUCCGAAAAUAUCGGUAUUCUUGGUGAUGUUGCAGCUGGUAAAGAACAAACCUUUGGUACUCUUUUCUCUCGUACGCUUGCACAGAUUGGUGGUAAAUUGCAUUACGGUCAUCCAGAUUUUUUGAACGGUGUUUUCAUGACUACACGUGGUGGUGUUUCCAAAGCUCAGAAAGGUCUGCACGUAAACGAAGAUAUCUACGCCGGUAUGACUGCUUUACUUCGUGGUGGUCGUAUUAAACAUUGUGAGUAUUUCCAAUGUGGUAAGGGUCGUGAUUUAGGUUUUGGAUCUAUUCUGAAUUUCAAUACGAAGGUUGGUACUGGUAUGGGCGAACAAAUGCUUUCACGUGAAUAUUACUAUCUUGGUACGCAACUCCCCUUAGAUAGAUUCCUUUCGUUUUAUUUCGCACACCCUGGUUUCCACUUGAACAAUAUGUUUAUUAUGCUUUCAGUUCAACUCUUCAUGGUUGUCCUUGUGAACUUAGGUGCUUUCUACCAUGUGGUUACCGUUUGUUACUAUAACAAGUCUCAGAAACUCAGUUAUGAUACUACAUUCGUUCCUCAAGGUUGUUACCAACUUGCUCCAGUUUUAUCCUGGCUAAAACGAUGCGUUAUUUCUAUCUUCAUCGUCUUUUGGAUUUCCUUCAUUCCUUUGACAGUACAUGAGUUAAUUGAACGUGGUGUGUGGAGAGCUUUUAAGAGAUUUAUGAAGCAAAUUGGUUCGUUUUCUCCCUUGUUUGAAGUUUUCACUUGUCAAGUUAAUUGUCAAGCAAUUGUUGCUGAUCUUUCUUUUGGCGGUGCUCGAUAUAUAGGUACUGGUCGUGGAUUCGCUACUGUCCGCUUACCCUUCUCUGUACUAUACUCUCGAUUUGCUCAACCUUCUAUUUAUGCUGGAGCUCGCUUUUUGAUGAUGCUGCUCUUUGGUACAAUGACUGUUUGGGUCGCCCAUUUGAUCUACUGGUGGGUAUCCAUUGUGUCUCUUUGUGUAGCCCCAUUCUUGUUUAAUCCCCAUCAGUUUGACUGGAAUGAUUUCUUUGUAGACUAUAGAGAAUUUAUUCGCUGGUUGUCCAGAGGUAAUUCCCGUACUCACGCUAAUUCCUGGAUUGGCUAUUGUCGGUUGUCUCGUACCAGGAUUACGGGUUACAAACGCAAGGUAUUGGGACAACCUAGUGAUAAGAUUUCUAUGGAUACUCCUCGUGCCAAGCUUAGCAGUGUAUUCUUCAGUGAAGUCCUAGUUCCUGCUCUAUUAGCAGCUGGUACCGUUAUUCCCUACUUCUUUAUGAACUCUAUGCCUGGUAAUCCCUCCUAUGCCAAUUGGAUGGAUCAUGAUAAGAUGUACUACACAACUGAUCCAAAGACAGGUACUAACCCUAUCUUACGACUUGCCAUUAUCACUCUUGUACCGAUUGCUGUUAGUUUCGGUAUGGUCGGAUUUUUCGGAGGUAUGGCCUGCUGUAUGGGUCCUUUGCUAGGAUUGUGUUGCAAGAAAUUCCCUGCAGUACUUGCUGCAAUUGCUCACGCUAUUCAAAUAAUAAUUUUCAUCGCUGUCUUUGAGCAAGACGACUCCAAUAUUUCAUGGUGGUCAGGCAAAUGGUAUGGUAAAGGUUACGGUUAUCAUGCAGUUACUUUACCUGCACGUGAGUUUAUGUGCAAAUCCAUUGAGCUCAACCUCUUUGCAACAGACUUUUUCUUAGGUCACUUGUUGCUUUAUUUCAUGCUUCCUGUAAUCUGCAUCCCAUAUGUAGAUCGCUGGCACUCGGUUUUGCUAUUUUGGUUGAGACCUAGUCGUCAAAUCCGACCUCCCAUCUUUUCGACGAAGCAGAGCAGACUACGUAAGCGUAUUGUGCGUCGUUAUUCUGCUUUGUAUUUCUCCAUUUUGAUUUUUCUUAUCAUUUUACUGAUUGUUCCUUUGGUUGCUGGUAGUGAAAUAUGGUCAGGACUCAAGAGUGUUGAUGCAAUUUCUAAAAUCAGUCCUCUUUAUCCUAAUGGAACAGUCAAAAACCUUACUCAACUUAGUAUUGGCGGAGGUUUGAGACAACCAAGAGAUGUUAAUUGGACGCUCAACUACUCUCAAAACUAUGCGGGAAUGAACUUCGUCUUCAAUACUUCAUAUUAA